ACAGCCAUAUUUACAUUUUUGCCAUCGUAACCUCUAUACCAUGAUAGUAACAAAGGUUUUUGCAAAACAAUUUGUUCGAGUUUAUCUUUAAUUUUAUGGAUCGCCAAGAAGUUGGCGCCGAGUAUAACCAUUUGGAGUAUUUUCCAUCGAUAAGAAACCCACGACUGGAGCGAUAUGCAAGUGAAACGAAUAAAUUGAUUAUUCGGCUACAUAAAUUAUUAACCAAUUUACCAAUGGAUCCCGUACUGCGAAAACAACAUGAACGCAAUAUUUUUACAUGGUUGGAUGGUAGCUCAGUGAAAUUAUGCCCUAGUUGCGCCAAAAACUUUCACAUUGCUCGCCAUCAGCAUCACUGCCGUUUGUGUGGAAGUAUUAUGUGCAAUGAUUGUUCAAAGUUCCUUCCAAUAGAAACUGCAUUGCAACUUGCCAGUUUGGCUACAUCACAAAGCGAAGCUAUCAAGGAAAUGCAAAUAAAUCAAAUCCACAGCACCAUGGUAUCGGUUCCUGUGACCAUUGUUUGUGGCUACUAGAAACUCGGCAAGAAAUGCAUGAGAGUCGAAC